ACAAAAGUAAAGGCAAACAAAGAAAACAAUGAUACCUCAUUAGUCAUUACCUCGUAGAUCUAAAUCUUCAAUACGUUACUUAUGUAUGUUGGUCGGAAGCCAUUAAUGGCGCUCACCAAACUCUGCUAGUAGAGGAAAAUUGAGUGUGAAAAAAAAAAAAAAAAAGGGUUUCAGUAUGGGCGUAAACAUGAUACUCUUGAUGGCUAUGGUGGCCACCAAUAUCCUCUCCCUCUAUCACCUCACCACCCACGUCCAUUCCACUCCCCCUCCCCCUCCCCCUCUCCCUCAUCAGCUCAUCCAACACCUUCACACCAUACGCGCCGCCAUCAACCGCCUCGCGCGUCUCAACCCGCCGUCGUCUCCCACCGCCGCCCCCUCUGACCUCCUCUUAUACGCCCACAUCUUCCCCGUUGCCUCCUCUUGCAAAGACCACCCGGAGUUACUGCAUAAGUACAUGAAUUACACUCCCUUUGCUCUCUGCCCACCGGAUUCCUCCCUCGCUGAGUCUCUGAUCCUCCGCGGCUGCCACCCUCUCCCGCGGCGGCGCUGCUUCUCCCGGACCACCCCCGCCGCCCCAACCUCCCUCCCCACCAAUCCCUUUUCCCCCAUCCCAAAAAACGCAGUUAUUUGGGGGCAUUAUAACUGUACUACUUUCAAUUGCUUCAUUGGGUUUGACAUGAAGCUUGAGAAAUCAAGAUUCUUGGCCUCAAAAUCGGAUCUUGAUCUAUCAAUCCCUCAAAUUCUGCAGAUUGGGAAAUCCGGCAAGAGUGUGAUUAGAUUAGCAGUGGACAUAGGGGGUGGGACUGGCACCUUCGCGGCCCAAAUGAAACUGCAAAAUGUGACAGUCCUAACCACCACCAUGAACCUCGGGGCGCCGCAUAAUGAGGCGGCGGCGCUGAGAGGGGUGGUGCCUCUCCACCUGCCAUUGCAGCAGAGGCUGCCGGUGUUUGAUGGGGUGGUUGAUCUUGUGAGGUGUGGGCAUGGUGUGAACAGGUGGGUCCCAGUGAUGGUGAUGGAGUUCUUGUUGUUUGACAUGGAUAGAGUGUUGAGGGGUGGUGGGUACUUGUGGUUGGACCAUUUCUUCAGCAAGAGAGGUGAUCUUGAGAGGGUGUAUCAGCCUAUGAUUUCUAAAUUGGGGUACAAGAAGGUGAAGUGGGUUGUGGCAAACAAGAAUGAUUCCAGUGGGGUGAAGAAUGGGGAGGUCUACCUCACUGCUCUUCUGCAGAAGCCAAUUUCAAGAUGAAAAUUUCACUUCAUGUUUUGCAGUUGAUUUUGGUGCUGAUUGAGUGCCAUGAUGGCUAUCUCAUCAACAACCCUUUAUCCAAUCUGCAAAGCCAAGCCGUCUGGUGGUGGUGGAGUUAGGAUUUGCACAUUUUUUGUUGGCAGAAAGGUUUCGAGAUUGGGAGAUGAUGGGGGAGAAAGAAGCAAUUAUACCUAGAUCUCUCUGGGGUUCGCUCUCUUUUGAGGAAGUCGGUAUGAGUUUGAAUACGACAUCUUCCAUUCCUGUCAAAUAUAUGUUAAAAAAACAAAAACUCAGUGGUAGUGGAAGGUUUUAUAGAGUGA